CAACAAUCACACCGCCUGAGCAGCGCCUGCUCACCACCGCGCCCCAGCUGACCGAGUCUUAUUUUCUCCUAAAACAUCACGAUGGAGAACCUCGACCUCUCGACCGACGCCUUCCUGGCCUUCGACGCCUACGAUCCGCACAGCCAGCGCUUCUACGGCCAUCCCAAUUCCUGGCCCGUCCCCGUCGACCACUCCAUGUCUCACAACCACUCCCACCAGCCUCAGAGGCGCCUCAACACCACCUCCGCCAUUGCGAGCUCGCAGUCGGCCACGGCUGCUCCCCUCCAGACGAACGGAGUGCCCUUCAAUACCGCGCUGAGUACGCAGCACGGCCUGCUGACCGACUGGUUUCAGCUCCCGCCGACGACGCAGUCUUACCCCCAGGACGCGCAGCAUUACUCGACUUAUGGCGGUGCUCUCCAGACCUCGCCCGUCGAGUUCAUAUCCACCUCGCAGGCCAUGAUGAACACGACUCUGUCAAUGGACAACGCUUCCAACUUCAUGGCCAUGUCGGCGCCGAUGGACAUGAACCAGUUGACUCAGAUGUCAGCCCCCUUCCAGAUGGCAGACUUCCAGCAGGAGUUGCUCAACUACCCCGUCAACAACAACGACCUGACGUCGACCGACCUCGUGCCCGCCAGUGCUGCCAGUGCCUCGCCCGCGGAGACUUGGAUGGAGGUCCGCUCGCUCUCAAGUAGCGACAAUGGAUGGAGCACCGUCGAUAUGCACGGUCACCGCCAUUCCUUCGACUUUACGAACGACAAUACUAGCGGCAUGGCCAUCUUCAACCCGAGUCAGACCCUUCACAUCCGAACCAACUCCGACUCGUCGCAACAGUCCGAUGCCCCGCGGUCUGCCCACUCGUUCAGCAGCUAUGAGGAGAUCCAGUUCCCUAUGAACUCGCCCCAGUCCGAAGUCGAGAACACCCUGGAUCUUGCCCAUUCGCACGCCUAUGGCCUAACGCACCACCACGAUCACGACUACCACUUCCACUCUCCCGACCACUCCCACUCCUCCGUCAGCCCGCAGACCGUCCCCGCUUUACCGAUACCGAUCAAGCAGUCUUUGUCUCCCUCCACUUCGCCGACUACUUCCUCAAUCAACUCGCCGCCCAGUGCUCGCAGAAAGAAGAGCCCUACUGGUAGCAAGGUUGCCAAGACUAUUGUGAAGAAGACGCCCUCGCACUCGACCAAGAAGGACCAUUUGACGGAGAAGCGUGUUGGCAGAAGGCGGGGACCGUUGAAGCCGGAGCAGCGGCAACAGGCGCACGAGAUCAGGAAGUUGAGGGCCUGCUUACGCUGCAAGUUCUUGAAGAAGACCUGUGAUAAAGGUGACCCAUGUACCGGCUGCCAGCCAUCGCACGCCCGGUUAUGGCAGGUUCCGUGCACACGUAUCGACAUCAAGGACAUUGCCUACUUCAUGAAGGACUGGAAGGCGGACUUUGAGCGUCACGUCAGCCUGGGCUUCUCGGUUGGCAACAUCAAGGGUUUCUCGCAACAGGAGCGCCCGCUCUACAUCACCCACGGAUACGGCUACUAUCUGCCCAUCAAUGCCCGCGAGGUCUUCGUCCGUGACGACAAGUGCUUUGACGUCGAUUGGGUCGAGUCUCUUCACGAGACACCCAGGGAGUUUGAAGUCAACACCGCUAAGCUUUCGGCCGGUAUUGAUGGCGUGUCCCGCGCGCUCCUUUCGGAGUACCUUGACCGCCACAUUGAUGGUGGCUUCGAGCAAUUCGUUGACGAGUACUUUGAGGGCACCUACUUCCUCACCGAGAUCCUGAAGACCGCUUACCGCUACUACCAACGGGAGAAGCUGCCCGUUAUCCGCAAGGCUCUCAAGCUUGUCGUUGCGUACAACCUCACUCUUCACGUUACGAUGGUUGACGGUCUUUCCGAAGAGGAGCUCCGCAUUGGCAAGGUGGAAGACAACACCAGCAAGUUCUGUGGUCGGACUCUCGCCCCCGUCAUGAUCAACUUCCAAGUCAAGUGCGCUUUGGCCGACAUGUGGCGUGAGCUGCAGAAGGACGUCUUGGAAGAGCUCUCCGCUCUGUACUCCUCAGUAUACAGCGGUGAGAAGCUCAAGAACUGGCCUACCAUCUUCAUGCUUGCAGCUAUCCUGCUUGCCGUUUGGGAGUUGAUGCAAUUCGACUGCCAUUACCGCGUGCCCGACCAAGGCGCCGUCGCCAAGUUCUGCACCGACAUGGAGAGCACUCCCGUCGGCGUCAUUGUCGGCCUCUUUUCCGCCAUCUCCCAGAAGCUGCCAGCUUUCAACGAGUGGGACACCCAGAAGCACCACCACCUGCUAAACUCCAACCCGGCGGUCUGCGAUGCCAUGACUGAAGUCAGGGCGCACGUUUCCAAGUACGACACCUACCUCAAGUCAAGGAGCGAGACCAAGUUCGACCGCAACGACUUCGACUCUCUCUCGAACAAGUUCCUCUCGAAACUCGUCAUCCGCGCCAACUAAGCACUUCUCGACCGACCUCGGUGCUUUGCUUCCACCUCAUCUUCUGACCAUCACAUCAUCACACCUCUUCCAAGUUCUCCAUCCUCACCAAUUACUACACUUCCGCUGCUCGACCCAUCAUUAACGAAUCACGGUCUCAACGUGUCAAACGACCGAAGAGUCUUCACUGAAACGACCCUAUGGCUGAAACGAGAAAAGCACGAUGCUAUUUAUUUACGGAGCGGUACCAUUCUUACGAACACGCUGCUUUUUUGAUUCCCCGGCGUCUCGAACGCCAUGUUACAAACGACCCGGUCGCCCAUGAUUGUGCUAGAUUAUCGACAUCUCCCACAUUCUUAACCAACUAUAUUCACUCACUCUGGGGCGACGACGGAUUAUUUUUCUUUUUGUCUUACGAAUCUGACUUUGGCGACGAGGAGAUCUCUUUUCAUAUGUGUUGAUGAAAUGGUCGAUGAUUGUGAAUUUUUU